GCAUCAAAUUCGAUCUGGCUGAGCCACGGUUUUAUCCCAGAAACUUGACGAAAAACCCGAACAUUUGGGAGGAGAGAAGAGGAACAUGGCUUCUUUCCUCGCGGCCGCGGCGGAGAAGGUCGGUCCGGCUCUACGACGGCAAGCGCUUACGCUAACAGAUUCGGCAGCUGCUAGAAUACGCCACCUGCUAGAAAAGCGGCAGCGCCAGUUCCUCAGGCUUGGUGUCAAGGCUCGAGGUUGCAACGGCUUGUCCUACACUCUCAAUUACGCCGAUGAGAAGGGCAAGUUUGAUGAAUUGGUUGAGGACAAGGGUGCCAAGAUUCUAAUUGAUCCAAAGGCACUGAUGCAUGUAAUAGGAACUAAAAUGGAUUUUGUAGAUGACAACCUCAGGUCUGAAUUUAUAUUUAUUAAUCCAAACUCGAAAGGACAAUGCGGCUGUGGUGAGUCCUUUAUGACCACAAGCAGUGCUGGAGCUACAAAGGCCAGUGGUAGUUAAGACUUAAGAAUCAUAUGAUCAGUGGUGAAACUGAAAGAAUAAGAUUCCAAUAGUACCAUCUCCACACGUCAAUCUGAAUGCUGACAGUGUCCUGCCAAAACAUCAUUUCUAAGAAUAAUGAAUUUGAGUGAAUUGUCAUGCUUGUUGCUGCAAACACUGGGUUUGGAGCCACGUGUUUAUUUAUUUAUUUAUUUUUUUUUUACUAUCAUCAAGGAAUGUACUUUAUCAUAUUCAUGUUGAGCUUCUGUAAGACGCAAUGAACUGUUCAAUAGUGGAAAUGGGAGGAUGGGAGAUAUCUUUCUUACGAA